UUCUCUGUCCGCCCGUUUAGCCCUUCCGAGACUUGGUCGUUCCCGAAACCGCCUACAGACAACGAGAGCGGCCGCGUUGCCUCCGCGAUCCUCAGUGGCUCUCUUCGCAGCUCUACCCAGGGCUCCGCGUUCUUCACCGCUGAGGACGCGCAGACGCCGGAGGUGGAGGCAAAGAACCCCUUCGCGGAUCCCGAGAACCCCUUCGCCGACCUCUUCGAGGCGCGCCCGGGCUCUGCCACCACGCAAGACUCCACGCCAGCCCAUUUCGCGCCUAUCGAAAUGGUUCGCCGCCCCUUCGUUCCCACCGUGCAUGACGAGAUCGCUGUCGACGUCGGCGAUCAGGUCCGUGUUAUCCGCCGUUUCGACGAUGGCUGGGCGGUUGUGGAGAACGUCACGACGGGCGUUCGGGGCCUCAUCCCUAUCGACUGCCUACGGGCGGUCGAGGAGGAGCUGCCCGCAUUCCUGGCGAAGAAACGAAUCAGCAGCUACGUCGGGCCUCGGGCGUCCGUGCUU